AUAUAGCGACCCAUUCUUCUCUCAUAUCUUCAUUCCUCUAGAGAGAGAAUCAAGAGAGAGAAAGAUGAGAGAGAGAAAGAGAUAUAUGUGGCUGCCAUUUCUCAUAUUCAGCCUAGCCAUAACCCCGACAAGAUCCAACACACUAUUCAUCUACAAAUCAUGUCACACCACAUUGUACCCUGAGCUUUGCUACUUGUACCUCUCUCGCUUCGCAACCCGAAUCGGAACCAGCCCAAGACUCUUGGCUCAAACCGCGCUGGCCGCGACCCUCAGCACCACACGGACCACUUCAAAACAACUCAUAACUUACACCAAAACGCAUAAAAUGACGCGAAGGGAAAUGAGUGCCAUGAAAGAUUGCCUCGAGGAGAUCGGUGACUCGGCUUACGAGCUCCAUAUAUCCAUGGUGGAAAUGGGUAAAGUCCGAUCCGGAUCCGAUUUCUUGUUUAAUAUGAACAGUAUAGAAACGUGGGUCAGUGCAGCGUUGACGGAUGAUGAUACAUGUACGGAUGGUUUUUCCGACAAACGAAUGAAUGCCGAGGUUAAAAUCAUGGUUCGUAAACAUGUUUUGAAUAUUGCACAUUUGGCUAGCAUCGCUCUAUCCUUUGUUAACAACUAUGCAAAGGGCUAAGGCUGCACGGUGCGGGGAGCAGCCUUGGAACGUCCCCGUAUAGGGUUAAGUUUUAUCGCUUUUUGUGGCACCCAAAAAGUUAUUCAUAGUUAAUUAAGUUUGUAUACUUUUCACCAUGUUUUUACGAUGUAAUCAAAUAAUGAUUGAUUCAUUCAUAAUAUAAUAAUUAUUACUUCA